UAUCCGUCUAUGCAGGGAGUUAGUGAGCGUAUGUAGAUGUAAUUUUUGUUUAGAUUUUACCUUCACCUAGACCUCUCAUUUCUCCCAUAUAUAAACAAGAGGGGAUCCGGAUAUAAAGGCUGUCCCCUCGAUAGUAUAACUAUCACUACCGACACCAACACUCUUAAUCACUUGCUAGCCACUGGAGUGAAUUUUCCGUCGCUGAUACAAAUAAAAGUCACCCCUCGACAGACAAUGCGACUGAUAUUGAUAACAAUAUUGGCGUUAGUGUCAUCUGGAUUUUCGCGAGACUUUCGCAACGAAAGACGGCUACGCAAGUAUGGGCCUCUACCUCUUAAGGACAAAAGAGGCUCAGAAUAUCCUGGUCACCCAGGACAUUCUUACUUCAUGCCGAGUCACCCCAAUGGACCCUACUCUGGAGGAAGUUCUAAAGGCUACGAAGCUUUAGGAGGUUACGGGCCUCCGUCCGGUUCAAAAGGCUACGAAAGUUACCUCGUGUCGCCCCCCAAAGGUUACGAAAGUUCGGGACAUUCCUCUUCAAAAGGAUACGAGGGUUUUAGGAGCUACAGCAGCAGUUCAACACCUUCGAAAGGUUACGAGAGUUCCAAGCAAGGAAGCGGAGAAGCCGGAUACUCUCACGGAAGCUCAGGACAGGGUGGGUUGAACCUCGCAGCGUUAACUCUCGGCCAAUCUUACGUACCAGCUAUAUCAGCUGGCAAAGGUGGACCAGUUACUUUUGGAUCGCAAGGCCAAGCUUACAUGAGCCAGCUGUACUCUUCUCCUGCUCAAGCUCUGUCUUCAAUCAACCUCCAAGGUCUCCACGGAUUCACCAGCUCUCAAGGUGUCGGCAUUCCAGUGAUCAGUCUGGGAUCUGGAUACUCUUUACCCGCUGCUGUCUCUACCCAAAGCUACGCUCUUCCAAUCUUUUGUGUCGUGUACUAUUUUUCACUUAAAAUCAUGCGGCUGUGUGGGUUUAGUGGAUACUACGCGGUUGUAGUGGGUUUAUUAUUAACAACAACCGCCGCGGAGAAAAAAGUUAAUCUCGAGGAUAUUGAGAGGGAUAAUCUACGCUCGGAGGGCAGGACCGGGAGUUCCAAGGGGACCUUACAGCAAAAAAGCUACCAAGUUAAGCCGGAAACAGAUAGUGAGGAUUAUCGAUCAAGUAGUCAUCAGUACGAGGCUACCAGGGGAUUCGGGUCGUACUCUUCCAGAGAUAAACCGGGACACCAUUAUCAUGCUGAUAGUUACAUGCAAGCGAACCAGCCGAGCUUUGAGUAUCAGCACCAGCCGGAGGAUAAUGACAAUGCUCAGUACACAGAUUAUCAAGAGCAGGAUCCGAAGCAAUAUUAUUUUACUCCGGAAAUAAAUGUCGGAAAUCGGUAUCAAACGAUUCAGCAGAAAGUAGCUACUGAGAAAAAUUCUAAUGGAUAUAAAAGCACUGUGUACAUUCCAAUGAGCCAAUUGUUGGCUUACUACGCGUAUUUGUCGGGUCAAAGGUCGCAGAGUAAGCCUCUAGAAGCUCUCGGAGGAGAAGGGAGCCACCAAAUGUCCGUUCCUGUCUACACAUCGGACCCCUAUGGUCGCUCUCCUGUUUACAUGUCCUCAAAGUUGUCAUACAAACCUCAACCGCAGUAUAUUACAUACGCGUCCCAAUAUCCAUCGCACACACAAGCCGUCCUUGGGAAGAAGGGACAACCGAGUAAAUUAUACUCGCACGUGAGCUCAUCCUCCAGCGGCACGCAAACGCAGAAUCAGAACAGCCAGUACUUAAUUCAUCAGGAAUUGAUUUACCCGGAGCAGUACUCGACAAUGGGGACGCACCAGGUGCAAGAUGACGCUAAAUCUUACACUCAAACGGACUCUCAACCUCCGAGCAGUCAUUUGGAACAGUAUUACCGGUAUAUUACCCCGGAACAGUUGCAGUACUUGGUAUCCGCUAAAACAAUUUAUCAACAGCCAGAGUACCACCAGAGUCUUGAAACGCCAGAAGAUGGUCUGAUGCCUCCGCAAUCCCCGGCGCAAAAUUUUAAGUCAUCGUACCCAUCAUCAGCCAGUGAAAGUACGCGAUUACAUUAUUUGCAAAACCACCUGAGUCAUUCAUCCUCAUCAGAGCCGAAAUCACUUCUUGAUUCUUAUGUUCCAAGUCACAUUAUUGCUGCGCAGGAUGUUGAAAGAUAUCGCGAAAGGCCAAUUAAACUUGAAAGCGGCUUCCUUCCAUCCAAGAUAAACUUUAUCCACUCGUACAAAAAACGAAAAACUCAAUAAGAAUAUUUUGUUAUUAUUAUUAGACAAGUCCUUAUAUCUAGUCUCGCAGAAUUUGAAAAUAUAUUAC